GAGCAGCGGCAGCAAAGAGCGGAGCGAGGAGACUGUGGGGGAGGGUCACGUGUGUACACAGUGUAGGGCUCAGCAGCACUCCAGCAGUAGUAAAGUCUGCUACGGACGGCCCCUUUUCAGAACGAGCCUCGUCCGGAAAGUUGAUAGAUGAAGAGCGAGUGAAGCGAAAUGCAGUGAAACGGUGACUUUUGGCAGUUUUUUAAGUCGUCAGGAGCGCGAGGGGAGCCGGAGCGUGCAUUUUUAGGAUGUGUGUUUAUUUAAUGAAGCGAGUGAGAAAUGCCAGUCGAAAUGCUACAUCCAAACCUAAUGCCUCCGUAGGUUUGUCACCGAGCCAAAGCUAUACGUUUCUGUCGACCUGUUGAGAGCACUUGACCUGCGUCAGAGCACAGCGAUGUGGAUCUGCAUGGUUUACAAUGAGACGGACACCAGCGUGGACUUCCGGCUCUGCCAGGACUUUGGCCUCAUCCUGUCAGUCUUCUCCCUCAUCUACCUCCUGGUGUGCUUCCCACUGGGGCUGUGCUACAAUGUGCUGCUGGUGGUUGUCAACCUCUCCAACAAGGUGUCCAUGACCAUGCCGGAUGUCUAUUUCGUCAACAUGGCCAUUGCGGGUCUUGUGCUUAAUUUGGUGGCGCCCGUGGAGCUGCUGAGCUCAACCUUCACCCGCUGGCAUGCGUGGGACUACAACAAUGAGGUGUAUAUCACCCUGCUCAUUCUCUUCAACAUCUCUUCUUUGGUCAUCAUGUACUCCACCACACUGCUCAGUCUGGACUACUACAUAGAGCGGGCGUUGCCUCGUACAUACAUGUCCAGCGUGUAUAACACCAAACAUGUGUGUGGGUUCAUCUGGGGCGGCGCAGUGCUCACCAGUUUCUCUUCGUUGCUCUUUUACGUGUGCAACCACAUCUCCACGAAGAUGGUGGAGUGCUCCAAAAUGCAGAACAAGGAGGCAGCAGACGCCAUCAUGAUGUUCAUCGGGUACGUGGUUCCAGCUGUGGCCGUUUUUUACGCCUUUGUGCUUAUUUUGCGCAUUAGGAAGGAGUCCACACCUCUGGAUCAGGACUCCGCUCGCUUGGACCCUUCUAUCCACCGGCUCCUGCUAGCCUCAGUCUGUGUGCAGUUUGUACUGUGGACCCCGUACUAUAUGACCCUGUUGGUGCACACUGUAGCCGGUGCACCAGGGUACGUUAGCAACAUGCAUUACUUACCUAGCUAUUAUUCUACCUAUUAUUUCUUGAGAUGCGUGUCCAAACUGCUUGCUUUCUCUAGUAGUUUUGCGAUGCCUCUCAUGUACAGGCAGAUGAACAAAAACUUCUCCAACAAGCUUCAGCGGCUGCUCAGGAGGCUGCACUGCAGAGACCAGUCCUGCCCUCAUGAACGCUCAACAGUGCAGCAAGUGGUGACGUGAGAUCACCGCCAACCCACUCCCCCACUUCCACUUCAUGGCCCAGCCAGCACUUACUCCCGCCCCCCCCCUCCUCUCUUCCCUAUAGAGCCAGUAUCUGACUGGGCUCCCUCGCUGCUCUGGACUGUGUUAAGAGCGACUUAGCUAACUGUGGAAUUUCCUGUCACCUUCCAGGACUUGAUCUGAUCUAUGCUGCUCUGCAGUGAGAGGACAAACCAAGCAAAAACCACUAAGUGCUGUUAUUGUUUUGUUUUUGUUUUUUGUCACUGAGUGAAGUUCUCCACCAAGACACUUGGGCCUCUAGUUUCAGGGCGGUAAAUUAGCCAAUAACACUGACAAAAUACCCUGUUAGCAAGGGACUCCCAAUCACUAUGCCUUUGCACUGGGUGUUGUUUUGUCUUAAGUUUAUUUUGGUUCAUUCAUGACUGCCUAAAUUUCACUGUAAAGUCUAAAUAUGCUAGUAGGUUUGAUUUAUUUUUUUUUUUUCCCUCCAGCCUGAUACACAACCAGUAAGUUAUAACAUUUAACUAAGUGAAGUUAUUUAGUUUCUCAAGAGAAAACUCUAUAUUCCUGCAGUGAUGGAUGGUGGCUGGUAUUGUGUGUCAACAUUGCAAAUACAACAUUUUGCAACAACACUGUUUACUGCACUAAAGCUAGAGGCCUUGAUCACUUGAAUGAGAAAACAGUUCUACCUUUCUCUGCUGAGCUGAAUUUUACUUUUUACUUUAAUGCAUUGAGAGUGAUUCCUCAUUAACAGAGUAAAUAUUCUUUAAAUUUCAAAGGUGAAUUACAAUAGUAAUGGAUUUCUCCCAGAAAUUGUAGCUUUAUCUCAAAAGCUAGGUUUUGAUCCACUCACAGGUAUAAAGAGGCAUAAAGAUUAUUCUUGUUAUGCUCCACAACAAAUAUUAUAAAAUGAGUUUAUAUACAUCCACACCACUCUGUAGUCACACAGAACUACACAAAAUGCUUCUAUAAAGCUUGUAUUCAGGGUUCAGACAUAACCGGUUUACCUCUUGUGAUCUCUGCUGAAAUCACAUUACCUGUUAACCGUAACAGUUCAAAUCAACUCAUUAAAAAUCAACUCAUUAAUUUGAGCUGAGAGCCUCAGCCCCAGUAUGUGAUUUGUUAAGCUGUGUAUUGCUGCUGCAAGAAUUUGUGCAUGCAGAGCCUCACGUAGGGUCAGUGAAGUGCAAACAGGGUCACAGAGAUGACCCUGAGGAGGCGACUUGUAGAGUACAUUCCCUAAAUUGCAUGCACACUUGUGAGUGGCUAGUUGGUGGAGGAUUUGUCCAGUGGAAAUAUGUCCCCUGACUGGGUCACUUCAGAGGCGCUUAUCAAAAAUAACUUUACAAAAAAAGUAUGAAAGACUCACCUGCACACAGUGUGUUGUACACGGGAGUAGAGUUUGAACUGUAAUGCUGCUCAGACGCAUCAAGGUAAUCUGCACAUUACUGGCAAAGCUGCUUUGCUUUUUAUUUGCCGGCCACGUGAACAGACAAUUCUAACAGAGAUGAACCCCAGUUACAGAAUGAACAGUAAUCAUGUUGUUGUUCUUGCAUGAAGUCUGUGCAUCACUGCAUUAGUGCAUUUUUUUUUAAUUUGCUCUCUGAAUGAAAGGGCCAGUUUAUUAAUCAUCCUGUGAACAGAUACACCAGCGAGGUGGGGUAUUCACUUGAAGAGAAAUGGAAAGUGGGCACACUGUUAUAUCCCACCCACAGACAGCAAUCAAUGCUAAUCACUUAUAAUUGUUUUUAAUUGACACCUUCAAAUGAACAACUGUGCUUUGCUUUGAUUGUAAAAUGUAAAGGAUUAGACAGUGAUUUAAUGUUUGUCAUACAUAUUGAAGUUAUUAAUAAGAUUAUAACGUAAUAUCACACACACACUGUUUUUUUUUUUCAAACAUCUCAUGAUAAUUUAUACAACUGUGGUAUGAAACAGUGUCCAACAAUUUAUUUUUUGCUGCAUAGCCCCACCCUCGUUAUGUGUAUCUACAAUCAGUCAGUGGGAAGUAAUUGUUUAUUUUCAACGAGACUGUGUUUACAUUGUGUGCUACAGUAUGUGCUGCCCCAUUUAACAAAAAAAAAAAGGAAAAAAAAACUUGUAUGUAUCAUGACACAGUUAAUCAUUAUUUGAACUCAGUUCAAAGUCCUCAUGCUUACUAUUCAUUUAAGAUUGGAAGGCGAACAGUAGCACAUGGUCAGAUGAUAAGUGGUUUGAAUCAAAGUUUGUAACGGUCUGAUGGAGGAAAAUUUAAGCAACAAUCCUUAAGGUUGUGUCCAUUUUUAAUCCAGAGCUGAUGCACUAUAUACUGUCAGAGAUUCCAGUUGUGUCCACAUUCAUUUUUAUAAAAAAUUCAACUAUUAUUUAAUGAGUAGGUCCAACAAUGAGACUUGAAUUAUAGCAAACAAAAUUCACAUUUUUCUCAUUAUGUGCCACUUGAGCAGGUUUCCUUUGGUACUUUUAGACAGAUAAUAUGGAUCAGUUUUACCUUCAUUUAAUGAAAACACAUCCAAGAAAAAUGUAGUAGAUCUAUCAAUAUUAAUCUGAAUCUGAUUUAAACUAAGUGAAUGACAAUCAUGCUGAUUUUUAGAGAGUAGCUAAUAAAAAGUUAUGACCAUUUAACUUCCCCAUGUUGCUGCAGCGCCACCUUGAGGCAAAACACCAUGAAGUUUUGCAAGAUUUCUUGAGGCUGAUUUGUGCACAGUAGAUUCAAGAAUGAAAGCAGUCGAUGUAAAAACCCAAUUCUAAUAAGUUUUCUUUAGUCCACACUCCAAAUUUCACUGAAAUCCAUCACAUUUUUUUGAAAUAUCUCGCUAAGUGAGAGAUGUGACCUAAGACAAACACCUUGGUUGAGGUAAUAAUUAGGGAUCACCACAAAUUGACUGACUGCACGAUAUUCACGACAGGCAAAUAAAGCUUGAUCAAAGUGGGCUCCAAAUCACACCCAACUGUCUGUCUGGGUUUGGUUUGUUAUUCCAGAGGGGCCAUAAUCUCACAUCAUCAGCACGAAGAAAUUUGAGUGAUAAUCACAGAGUCCAGUUAAAUAGUUGAAACAGGCCGAGUGUAAAAACACCCUGAACGUUCUCGUGUUUCGAAUGUAUGCAGAUGCGAUUUAGCUCUUUGAACGGCAGAACCUCAGAAAGUCCAGAUGAAUCCACUUUACAGAUGUGAUGCUUUUGUGACUAUGUAUGCAAGUGUAAAUGUAUAAUACAAAAUAAUGUGUAUAUAUUGUAUGUGAGAGAUUUACAGGAAGAUACCAUACUCUUUCAAAAAAACAAAAAAACAAAGUACAGUAUUAUUUUCUGAGAGAUAUAUUUAGAUUCUAUAAGUAAUCUACUCAACUGUCAACUGAGUCAAAGACUGAUUAAACAAUAAACUAACAUGGAUGUUA